CCUUGCGCUUGACCACGACCAGCGUGCUUCAGCGUUUCUACAACAUUUAUCGUUUCCUUUUUUUGAAAGCCCGGACACUUUGACCAGGCGGACUCGCAAGAGGAAAGAAGAAUCGAGGCUAAAGAAAGCUAGAUUCCGUUACCCUCAUGACCACCCCGGUAGCCCCAGCGGCCGUGGAUGCAGCCAAAGGAAAAACCAAAGCGAAACAACGCUACCUAAAAGCCAAGCGUGACCGUCGCAAGAAACGAAAGUCUACCACAGUCCCGGGAGGCCGAACGAAGGCAGGAGAAGCCGAAGGGGACAGUGAAGAUGAGGAGGCGGAAUAUGGGAACCUCAAUGAAGGAGACGUGGUUGGGAAGGGUCAGGCUAUAAAUUUGGCUGAGGAUGAAGAGCUCGGAGGGAAUGUGGAAGAAUUAGUUGUGGACGAGAAGGCGAAGCGCAAGAGGGAGAAGACGGAGAAAAAAGAGCAGAAGCGAAAGGCCAGGGCUGAGGCUUCCAUCACCAUCGACGAAAUCCCCGUCAAAUUGAAUGAAGAUCUGCCUCGUCCUCGCAAACGUCGAAAACUCAGUCUUUCUCCCGGUCCCGUAUCAUCACAAGCAGCGCCGACAUCCACACAUCCUCGUCACUCGCCCUCAAAAUCUCCUUCGCGUUCACCGCCGCCAUCUCAUAUUCAAUCUUCUCCUUCACUAAAAGUGCAACGGAUACGCACACCAUCACCGCCACCUCCCAGCUCAAUUCCAUCCUUCCCGCUCCCUACUCAACCAAACGCACCGUUAAAAUCAGAGCUUGCGUCCCAGGGUCUCGACAGAGCACUCGCGCGUGCACAACUUGUUGAACCCUCAAUUUCGACCCCCCUUUCGUUCGAGGAGGACGAAGGGGAUAAAGAUGCGCAGACAGGGCUGGCUUUGAAGACGAGGAGCAGACUGAAGGAGCUGGGGAUCGAAGAGCUGUUUGCUGUGCAGACGACGCUCCUUCCACUCCUACUUCCUUCCGGUCCUUUCAAACGUUCAUUAUAUCUUCCGUACGAUCCUCCGCAGGACAUAUGCGUUUCCGCACCCACUGGGAGCGGUAAAACUCUUGCAUACGUUCUUCCUAUCAUCGAGAUUCUGUCUGCACGAAUUGUAACUCGACUCCGAGCACUCAUCGUUCUCCCUACAAGAGACUUGGUGACCCAGGUCAGAGAGACCUUCGAAGCUAUAGGCAAAGGAAGAGGCUUAAAAAUCGGCACGGCGACAGGUCAGCAUUCCUUCGCGCAUGAGCAGAAUCAACUCGUCGCGGAUAAGUCAGCACAUAAAGUCGAUGUUCUGAUUUGUACGCCCGGGAGACUAAUCGACCACCUGAACGGGACGCCAAAUUUCUCGUUGCAACAUUUACGAUUCUUGGUAAUUGAUGAAGCUGACCGGCUCCUAGCCCAGUCAUUCCAAGAUUGGCUCGCCCAAGUCCUUGCAGCAACCCGACCUCCACCUGUACCCACUCAUGACCCCUCUGCCCCUGCCUCAACAUCAGGAUCGUUCACCGUACCUCAAGACAACGGCAUCGACAUUCCCUACCCCGACGCACUCUCACCCUCAUUUCUUCAUCUCCUCCGCCCGCCUAGCUUUGCCAUGAUAACCGACAUCGACACCCCUCGCGAAUCAUCAUGCCAAAAACUCCUAUUUUCAGCUACAUUGAUGAGCGAUCCGGGAAAGAUCAAAGCUUUGGAGUUGAGGGAUGCGAAAUAUAUCGUCGUACAAGGACAAGCGAAUGGAGAAGGCGUGUUGGGCGUGGUGAUGGAGAGGUUUAGUAUGCCUGCGACGUUGACGGAACACAUGCUCGUCGUCCCCUCCUCACAAAAACCGCUCAUGCUCUUCCACCUCGUACACGCUCAUAACGUCAAAAAUGCACUCGUGUUCACGAAGUCGGCAGAGUCGACUGGCAGGCUCGUGAGGCUUUUCCAGUUCUUUGAGCGCGCGCGGAUUCAGGCGCAAUCGCAAUCGUCUAUGGACGUGGAUCGUUCGGGGCAAGAUGCGAGGGAAGUCGUGGUCAAGGCUUAUUCGAGCGAUUUGGGAGCCGCUGAGCGGAGAGGGCUGUUGGAGAAGUUGAGGGACGGGACAGUUGAUAUCCUUGUUUGCUCCGACCUUGUAUCGCGAGGUAUCGACAUCAGCAUCGUGCAACAUGUCGUAAGUUACGACGCGCCGGUGGAUAUUAGGAAAUACGUGCAUCGGGUGGGGAGAACGGCGCGUGCGGGAAGGGACGGCGACGCAUGGACUUUGGUCGAGGAGCAAGAGGUGCGUUCCGUUUUCUUUUUCUUUCUGUCUUUUCUUUCCCUCGGUCUCCAUGGUUAG